CUUCCAUUGACUAAAUACUAUUUUGUGUCAAUGUUUACGUGAAUAAUGUGCUUUUAAGGAAUGGCUACCAUACAACAUUUAUUAAUUACUGCAUUAACUGCAGUUAUUUGCAUCAAUGCAGUAAUUUCUUCCCCAUUGUUGGGUAAAGCAGAAGAGUCUUACCGUUUAAAUAAUCCAGUUACACCGGUAAACUAUAAAAUUCAUCUAAAAACGGAUUUUAAAGAAGCAAAAACCGAAGGAGAAGUAAAUAUUAUAUUAAACACUCUUGAAGAAACCAAAACCCUUCGAAUUCAUGCAGUUGAUUUGGAGUUUAAAAAAGAAGAUGUAACUUUGGUAUUGCAGACUGAUCCAAACCAGAGCAUUGAAAUUACAGAUAUAAAACCUUAUGAAGCUGGACAAUUUCAUGAACUAAACUUAAAAACAAAAUUGGCAAAGAAAUCCAAUUAUUUAUUAACAAUAAAAUUCAAGGGGACUUUAAAAGAAGGCAGUAAAGGUUAUUAUUUACUAAAGUUUAAAUCUGGUAAAGCUAACAAAGUAAUGGCAGUAACUUUUCUUAGCCCAAUUUACGCACGUACAGUUUUUCCAUGCUUUGAUGAACCCGAACUUAAGGCAACAUUUGACAUCAAACUAACGCAUGAUGAAGACUAUGAUGCAUACUCCAAUUCAAAAUCAAUAAAAUCUUCAAAAUCAUUGAAAGCUACCAAAAUGGUUACCACUGAAUUUGCACAAACACCUAUCAUGUCCACGUAUAUAUUGGCUUUUGCGUUAUUACCAAAAGGCACUUUCAUCGACCAUGAAGUCAAAAAGGAUAAGAAAUCCAGUGUGUCAACCAAUGUGUUAAUUCGCAAAGAUAUCAAGGAUCAAGUUGAAUAUCUUUUACCUAAAACAACAAGCUAUCUACAAGAAUUAGAAAAACUUACCGGAGUUGAAUACGAUACAAAUUUAGGAAAAAUUACACACUUAACUAUUCCAAAAUCUGAAACCGGUGCUAUGGAAAAUUGGGGAUUGAUUAUUUAUGGUGAGUCAGGCGUGGUUUAUGAUGAGGCAAAUGACCCGUUUUCCAAGACAUUAGCAGGUCAAAGAGUAAUUGCCCAUGAAUUAUCACAUCAGUGGUUUGGUAAUUUGGUAACACCAAAAUGGUGGACAGAUUUAUGGUUAAAGGAGGGUUUUGCAUCAUACAUGGAAAGCGUUGUCAUGGAUGCUGUCGCACCAGGUGAAUUUGGUACAUUAAAAGAAUAUUUUGCUCAAAUUCAUCAUAGAUACUUUAAGGAGGAUUCCUCUUCAAAUAAUCGUGCUAUGAACACACCAGUGGAAAAACCUGAAGAUAUUGAGAAAAAUUUUGAUGUGGUUCAAUAUGAAAAAGGUGCACAGUUAUUAUACAUGUUGGAACAUAUUAUUGGCAGUGAACUUUUUAAAAAGGGAGUUCAAAAUUAUGUUAAACGGAAUCAACGAGCAUCAGUAACACCAGACGAUUUAUGGGAAGCAUUACAACAAAUUAUUGACAAAAAUAAAGAAUAUCCAAUUUUAGGAGGUAAAAAAGUAGCUGAUAUUGGAAAUUCUUGGAUAAGCAAAGCCGGUUACCCAGUUGUUCAUGUUACUUUUGACGCAGAUAAGAAAAAAUUAAAAUUCAGACAGGAACGAUUCUUAACAACCAAUGCGAAGAAAGCUAUACCAAGUCCAUUUCCAAAAAGUAAAUGGAUGGUUCCAAUUAAUUUUAUAACAGACAAAACGAAAACCAAAAAUAUUGAUACAGCUCCCACACAUUGGCUCGAAACGCAAAAGCUAGAAGUAGAUUAUGAAGACAUCAAAUUUGUGAUAGCAAAUAAUGAACAGACAGGAUACUAUCGGGUAAAUUAUGAUGACUCUAAUUGGAAAGCAAUUAGUGAUCACUUAAAUACAGAAGAAGAACCAGUUGUAUCUACAGUAACUCAAGCUCAAUUAUUGGAUGAUGCGUUUACAUUUGCUGAAAAUGGUGAUCUGAAAUAUGAUGUUGCAAUUGAUUUAACACGAUUUUUAGAGAAUGUUGAUGAAUUUUUACCAUGGAAACCAACCAGUGUCUACUUGAUGAACAUAUACGACAAAAUUUCCAUGACAUCAACAUUAGAGAAAUACCAAAAAUAUCUAAGUAAAAUCGCCAAGAAAGCUUUUGAUAAAGUAUUAUUUAACGAAAAAUAUGAAAAGAAUACUGAUGGAAUUUUACAAGAAAAAUUAUUGCCACUUAUGGUUCGUGCCAGAAGUUCUGAAUUUGUUGAAAAAUCUGAAGAAAUACUGAAUGAACUUAAACAGAAAAGUUCGAAAGUCUUAAAGAAAUUCCAACGUUACGUCUUCUGUGGUGCUGCUACUACAGAGUUUGAAUAUUUAAUGGAGCAAUUAAAAGCAAAAAAGAGUGAACAUGAUAAAGAUGAUAUAUUAUUUGGUUUAUCAUGUUUAUCAGACAUUGAAAAUAUUAACAAAGCUUUGGAAGAGAUAGAAGAUAAAGAAGAUAAAUUUAAGUUUGUUAAACACAUUUCAGAAUUAAGUCCAUUAAUAGUCUACGAUAAUAUCGAAAACUUUAAAAAGGCCAUUACCGAUGAAAAACAAGUUGUGGAGAUUAUGAAGAUUCUUGCAGCUCGUGUUGGUACAGAAGAACAAUUAGAGAAGUUAGAGAAGUUAAACGAGGAGGGCAAAUACGACGAUUUAUUGGAACUAGCAAAAGAAAAUCACAAAUGGAACAAUGAUAACAAAGAUUUUCACGAAUGGAUUGAAGAUAAUGUAGAUGAAGAUCCUACUAAACCAACACCAAAACCAACCACAACACCAAAUCCAGAACCAACUCCACCGGAGACUCCAGAGCCUCCACCAGAUGGUGCAUUAAGUGUUGCAGUAUGUUUAAGUAUGUUGGUAUCUACUGUAAUUAUUGCAUUUUUAAUGUAAUUUUUAAAAACAAUAACGAAGUUUAUG